AUGGAAAAGAUUUUCUCUGUCGAAGAAAUCUCCGGUAACCAUCUUUGGCCGGAGCUGACGAAAGAGGCGGCGAUGAAUCGCAGUGACUCCGAGUGGGCAUUUCAUCGCUACAUACAAGAAUCCUCCGCCGCAGCAGACGACGCCAGUGCCGGAGAAGCUGCGACGGCGUGUGACGUUUCCGUUUCCGUUUCCGUCUCUGGACCUCCUUCUCCGAAUGUUCCGGUCGAUUCCGAAGAGUACAGGGAAUUUCUGAAGAAUAAACUCAAUCUAGCUUGUGCCGCUGUCGCCAUGAAAAGGGGAGCUUUCAUCAAACCUCAGGAUACCUCUGCUAGAUCUGAGAAUGGUGGAGGAGCAUAUACAUCCAGUACAUCGGAGCAAGGCUCUCUAGCUUCUUCCAAAGCUACACCAGUGAUGAGCAGUGCUAUAACAAGUGGAUCUGAGCUCUCUGGUGAUGAAGAAGAAGCUGAUGGUGAAACAAAUAUGAACCCUACCAAUGUUAAGCGUGUGAGAAGGAUGCUCUCUAACAGAGAAUCAGCUAGACGGUCCAGAAGAAGAAAACAGGCACACCUGAGUGAGCUAGAGACACAAGUUUCACAGCUCCGUGUAGAGAAUUCGAAGCUCAUGAAAGGCCUCACUGACGUAACUCAGACAUUCAACGACGCAGCUGUAGAAAACAGAGUUUUGAAAGCUAAUAUUGAGACAUUACGAGCAAAGGUGAAAAUGGCUGAGGAGACUGUGAAGAGAAUCACUGGCUUCAACCCAAUGUUCCACACUAUGCCUUCAGCUGUCUCUAUUCCAUCAAAGACAUCAGAUUCUCUAGACACAAGGAUCCACGUGACCACACGAGAGACCAGCUCUGGCAACAAUAACAAAAGCAAGUCCUUGAUCGGGUGCAAGAUGAACAGAACAGCUUCGAUGCGUAGAGUUGCGAGCUUGGAACAUCUUCAGAAACGUAUUCGAAGCGUUGGGGAUCAGUAG